GUUGUCCGGGUGGCCGCCUCUGCUCCCACCUGCCACCCCCCUGACCCGCCUGGGCCAGCCCCCCGCCUCUCGAUGCAGCACCCCAAACCCUUGUACGCACCCACAGCAACCCAGGAAGGCUUCAGCCCCCGGGGCCUGGACGGCACUGAGGGGCCGGGUGGCCAGCCUGCUCCCGCCUGCACGGAGCCCCUUCCUACCAUGGGUUCCUCCAACCUGUAUCACCCCCCAAACCCAGAAAAAGAGGUGUUUCCAGUGCCCCCGGCAGGUUUCCAGAUGGCGCCCUGCGGCUGUUUCUUCGACCCCCGCAUCUACCGCAUUGAGUGGGCCUCCGCAGACUUCGGCCAGUCACUGCUGUACAAGCUGGUGGUGGUGGGCGGCGGGGGGCCGGCCGGGGGCCCCGCCUCGCCGGGCACCUACCCGCUGGAGCCCCAGCGCUACCCCAAGGCCGCGGGGCCGCCCCCGCCGUACCCCCCCUACCAGCCGGUGCCCGGGGGCCCCCCCUAUCUCGUGUCCUGCUUCCCGCCCGACGGGCCCGAGGCCCUGGGCUUCGUGGGGGACGGGGUGCCCCCCGCCUUCGUGGAGCUGCCCACGCCCCCGCCCCUGCUCAAGGGCAGCCCGGCCCCCCCUCCGCCCCCCAAAGAGAACAAGCCGCCCCCACUGCUCGUCACGCCCCCCAACGAGGCCACACUGUCCCCCGCCACCUACGGCCACUUCAAGGGCCGCCAGAGCCAGCUGCACGGGCCUGGGGAGCCCCUGGCCUUGGCCCCCAGGGAGCCCGGGCCGGGCCCGCUGAUGCCCCCCGGGGAGCCCAAGGCGGCCGAGGGCACCCCGCUGGGGGCGGGCGAGGCGGGGACACCCCAGGCGGCCAGGGCCGCGGCGCUGCCCGACAAGGUGAUGCUCGAGGACGCCAUGAAGCUCUUCGACUGCCUGCCGGGCGUCCCCGGGCCCGAGGGCACCCCGAGCAAGGUCCCCGGGCUGCCCCUGCCCGACGGGGCGGGCGGCGGGGGCGACUCCUCGGGCGACAUCCGCUCGCUGCGCCUGCCCGAGGAGCUGCUCUCUUUCGACUACAGCGUGCCCGAGAUCCUGGACGCCGUGUCCCACGUGGACUGCUUCUUCAAUUUCCGGGCCCUAGAGGACGAGCCGCCGCCCCCGCCGGCGCCCCCCGCUGCCCCCGCGCCCCCCGGCCGGAGGAAGGCGGCCGCCUCGGCCGCCAAGAAGGGCAGGCAGGGAGGCAAGAGCAGGCAGGCCACCACUGUCACCCCGGGGCCCAGGCCGGACCUGGGAGCCGCCCCCCAUUAA